UUUUGAAUAAUAGCUCCUCCAGGAACCCGGCUUUGUAUUUUUAUUCGCUGUUUCUUUGUUGAAUUUGAUUGCAUCGUCUUUUUGAAGUGCUUUUCCACAACCACCGGUUUAUUAUUCAGUUUUUCUAUAAUGACGUCCAGGCAAGUAUUUAGCGAAAGCGAGAAGACUUGCCUACAAGAAUUAAUUUUAAAAUAUAAUCUGCACAAAACUGCGACCAUGACAGCUAGUCAAAACACAAAAAAACUUUUGUGGGUACAUUUAACAGAAGAAUUCAAUUCAAUUGAAUCAAAUGCAAAGCGAAGUGAGGCCCAGCUCAAGAAGUGCUGGGAUAAUUUAAAAACACGGAGGAAGCACUUUUUGGCUAAUGAAAAGCGUCAGAGAAUGAAGACUGGUGGCGGACAGUGUAUUCCAAAUGAGCCACAGCCUGGUAGCAGCAAUGAGACCCUUAUUUUUGCUGAGGUUCUACUGGAUCAGACUGAUGUGGAACUCAGGGGUGUCAUUGACAGUGAUACCAUUUACAGUUCUGAAGGAAAUGUUGCAGGCACCACGCCUAUGCAUUACAGUCUAUCAUGUCGUGACACCCCACAACGUCGUGAUACUCCACCACGUCGUGACACUCCACCACGUCGUGACACUCCACCAAGUCGUGACACUCCACCAAGUCGUGACACUCCACCACGUCGUGACACUCCACCUAGUCGUGACACUCCACCAAGUCGUGACACUCCACCACGUCGUGACACUCCACCACGUCGUGACACUCCACCGCGUCGUUCUGGGUCCCGGCAGACUGACUGUGGUGCAGCCUACUUAGGAG